GAUCCACGUGCUCUAGAAUCAAGCAGACGGAAAAUCAACGCAUAGAAAGGCAGAGUACGCGGAGAUUAUCGCUUGGCGGUGGAGAGGGCAAGAACCAUGAAGGUCAGAAUGCCAAGUCAUAAAGCGUCUAUACGAGCAGAGGCUGAAUCACACAACUCUAAGUCGUCAGAUCAAACUCAGAAUGCGAUCCGAAUCGUCCACGGCACAUCUGUGGCGUCCGCCACACCGCCAAUGCUGCCAUGGCCGACAAGCGCCAUCAAGCCUCGUCAAGCUCAUCACCCGACGCACGACCACUUUGUAGCACGAGCAGGGAUGUUUUGCUAAUUUGUUCAAGAAUAGGGCCUGUAACCCUAUUGCAACAUCUGCCGGUCCAUUGGAUCAUGAUU